AAAAGCUACAGAUCGUCCUAAUCGAUCUUCACAAGUCACAAGUCACAAGUGAAAGCUUGAGCUAGAACCAUCUCUCUAAUCUCUAUCUGAGUUCCUUCGUGUUGUCUCCAAAAUGAAGAAAGCUGCAGAGCUAGUUUUCAUUCCUUCCCCAGGUGUUGGCCAUCUCGUGUCUGCAGUCGAGAUUGCAAAGCUCUUGGUUGCUCGAGACGACCAACUUUUCAUCACAGUGCUCACCAUGAAGCUACCUUUUGACUGCAUGCCCAAGGGUACUGUUGAUGCCUACACAGACUCCAUGUCACAACGUAUCAAGUUCGUUGAUCUCCCGGAGGAAGCCAUAGAGACUCGGGGCAUCAACCCUAACCUCUUCCUCAAGUUUUUCAUUGAGAAUCAUAAGGCCCACGUUAAAGAUGCUGUCACCAAACUCACUGAGUUAGAUCAGUCCGAUUUCAAGCCUAGGCUUGCUGGGUUUGUCAUCGACCUAUUCUGCACCUCUAUGAUAGACGUGGCCGAUGAAUUUGGGGUUCCUACGUACAUCUUCUUCACCUCCAGCUCAGGGUUUCUUGGUCUCAUGUUUCACCUCCAAACCCUUCAUGAUGAGCAAAAAAAGGACUGCAUUGAGUUCAAGGACUCGGAUGCUAAGUUGGUUGUGCCGAGUUUUGUCAACCCAUUGCCUGCUGGAUCAGUCUUACCUGGUGUGUUUCUGGACAAGCAUGGCGCCGCUGAAUUCAUCAACCAUGCCAGAAGGUUUAGAGAAACCAAGGGUAUUUUGGUAAACACAUUCAUUGAGCUAGAAUCGCAUGCCCUUCACUCUAUUUCUGACGAUGGCAAAACUCCACCACUGUACCCAGUGGGACCCAUACUGAACUUGAAGAGUGACGAUAACCAUGAAGGUUCGGAAAUCUUAAAGUGGCUUGAUGAUCAGCCUCCGUCGUCUGUAGUGUUCCUCUGCUUUGGGAGCAUGGGAAGCUUUGGUGAGGACCAGGUGAGAGAGAUAGCGUGCGCGCUGGAGCACAGUGGGCUUCGGUUCUUGUGGUCCCUACGCCAGGCCCCACCAAAGGGGAUGGUUGCGUUCCCAAGUGAUUAUGCAGAUCACAAGGGAGUCUUGCCAGAAGGGUUCCUCGACCGGACGGUUGGGAUUGGCAAGGUUAUAGGAUGGGCUCCGCAAGUGGCCAUCUUAGCUCACCGGGCAAUCGGAGGGUUCGUAUCCCAUUGCGGGUGGAAUUCAACGCUGGAGAGUCUGUGGCAUGGUGUGCCGGUUGCCACAUGGCCAAUGUACGCGGAGCAACAACUAAAUGCCUUUCAACUGGUGAAUGAUUUGGGUUUGGCAGUGGAAAUUAAGAUGAGUUAUAGGAGGGACGAUCAAGUGGUGGUGAGUGCAGAGGAGAUAGAGAGAGGAAUAAAAGAGGUGAUGGAGCAUGAUAGUGAUCAAAGAAAGAGGGUGAAGGAGAUGAGUGAGAAGUGCAAGAAAGCCUUGAUGGACGAUGGAUCCUCACACUCUUCAUUGGGUCAUUUUAUAGAUCAGCUUUUCCUUUGACUCAUUCGGGAGUCCAAUUGGUAAUUACUAGUUAAUACGAGUUUAUGAGUAUUUUUGUACUAACUUGAAAGCAAUGGAAGAGAUGACUCUACUUUUUGUAGUGGUAUUCUAAUCUCUACUACGACUUCUCGGACGCCAAGCCAACAAGCAAUUUGUUAUUUAUCAUUUUCGUCAUUAUAGUUUUUGUUAGUUGCUGAUUUAUUAGUUGUCUUCUUUACUAUUUAUUCUUCGGUCAACUUUCUAGCUACUUAAAGACAAAAAAUUAUAGCGACCG